UCCUGUGCGGUCUUUUUCUUCGGACCUGCAAUGGAUGUGACGACUGGAUUUGCAUUCUUUAUUGUUUUUCUGCAACUAAUUCACGCGAAUGGACUUUAUAUAUCCAAUAGCAUAGAGUCUCUGCAGCAUGUCCUGAGGGAAUAUGGGGUGGUGAGGCCUGUGAACACUGACGCAGAAGGCCGCUUCCUCUCAGGUGCUGUCUCCGCACCUCAGCUGGACAGCCAGCACCAGCAGGUCUACAGACGCCGGAGGAGGGAGGCUGCAGCCGCCUCAGACCCCAGCCAUGGAGACCUGGAGGAAGGAGAGGGCACCGCCAGGCACAGGGAGACACUUUUCUACAACGUCACUGUGUUUGGCCGGGAGCUUCACCUGCACCUGCGCCUCAACUCCAGGCUGGUGGCCCCCGGAGCUAAAGUGGAGUGGCAUGAGGAGGGCAACCAGACCCGCUACGAGCCUCUACUGGAGAGCGACUGCUUUUAUGUAGGAGAGGUCACCAACGUCAGGGACACAUCCGUCGCUCUCAGCAACUGUGAUGGCCUGGCAGGAAUGAUCCGCAUGGGGCGGGAGGAGUUCUUCAUCGAACCCCUGGAGCACCGAGGGGGUGGGGCAGGGGAGGAGGAAGGCGGAGACGGACGACAUCACAUCGUUUAUCGCUCCUCUGCCAUUAAGAGACCCCAUGUCAAUCAAACAGCGGACUCUUACCCCCAAGGGUCAGUUCUGGGUGGUCUGAUGGACCUGCAGGCACUGUCCAGAGGAGUGCAGCAGCAGCAUCACAAACUGAACCGGACCAGGAGGGCCCGACGCCAGGCCCACGAGGAACCUGAGGGCAACAUGGAGGUUCUACUGGGGGUGGACUACUCCGUGGUCCACUUCCAUGGCAGAGAGAACAUCCAGAAGUACCUCCUCACCCUCAUGAAUAUAGUGAAUGAGAUUUACCAGGAUGGUACUCUGGGUGCCCACAUCAACGUGGUUCUGGUCCGGAUCAUCAUGUUGUGUCCUGCAAAGUCUUUGAGUCUGAUAGAGCUGGGGAACCCGUCUCAGAGUCUGGAGAACGUAUGUCGCUGGGCCUUCCUGCAGCAGAAGGAAGACAGGAGUGAUGCAGAGUACCAUGACCAUGCCAUCUUCCUCACCAGACAGGAGUUUGGCCCCUCCGGCAUGCAAGGUUACGCUCCUGUGACGGGUAUGUGCCACCCAGUGCGGAGCUGCACUCUCAACCACGAGGAUGGCUUCUCCUCUGCCUUCGUUGUGGCACAUGAGACUGGACACGUGCUGGGUAUGGAGCACGAUGGCCCCCCUGGUAAUGAAUGUGGUGAUGAGGUGCCCAUGGGAAGCAUCAUGGCCCCUCUGGUGCAGGCUGCCUUCCAUCGAUUCCACUGGUCCCGAUGCAGCCAGGAGGAGCUCAACAAGUACCUGAACUCGUAUGACUGUCUCCGUGACGACCCCUUCGACCAUGACUGGCCGGCGUUGCCACAGUUACCAGGGAUCCACUACUCUAUGGACGAGCAGUGUCGCUUUGACUUUGGCGCCGGCUACACCAUGUGCACGGCGUACAGCACCUACGACCCCUGCAAGCAGCUCUGGUGCAGUCACCCAGACAACCCGUUCUUCUGCAAGACCAAGAAGGGUCCGCCCAUCGACGGCACUACGUGUGCAGCAGGGAAGCACUGCUUCAAGGGUUACUGCAUAAAGUUGACCCCAGACAUUCUGAGACAGGAUGGUGCCUGGGGCCAGUGGAGUAACUUUGGCUCCUGCUCCCGUACCUGUGGGGGUGGUGUGCGCUUCCGGACCCGUCAGUGUGACAACCCAAUCCCUGCCAAYGGAGGACGCACCUGCUAUGGCAACAGCUAUGAGUUCCAGCUGUGUAACCUAGAGGAGUGCUCCAAGCCCUUAGUUGACUUCAGGGAGGAGCAGUGCAAGAUGUGGGAGCCCUACUUUGAGUAUGACAACACCAAGCACCACUGGCUGCCCUAUGAGCAUCCUGACAUUGAUGAGAGAUGCGAGCUCUACUGCCAGUCUAAGGAGACAGGAGAUGUGGUGGCCAUGAACAGGAUGGUGCACGAUGGCACACGCUGCUCCUACAAAGACUCCUACAGUAUCUGUGUACGGGGAGACUGUGAGCACGUGGGCUGUGAUAACCAGAUAGCCUCAGACAUGCAGGAGGACAAGUGUGGCAUCUGUGGUGGAGACAACUCCACCUGUAAGAUCAUCAAGGGGAACUUCACUAGGAACGCUAAAAAAGAAGGUUUCCUCAAGAUACUUGAAAUCCCUCGAGGGGCCAGACAUCUGUUGAUUCAGGAGUUCAAGGCAACUCCUCACAUCCUUGCUGUAAAGAACCAGGCCACAGGUCAUCUGUUCCUGAACGAUGAGAACGACUUCCCAGAGUCCCGUACAGUGAUAGAGAAGGGGGUGGAGUGGGAGUAUCACAACAAUGACGACAUGGAGACCAUCCAGACCACAGGACCUCUCAGAUACACUGUUCUGAUCAUGAUGCGUUCCCACGGUGACUCAAAGGUUACUCUCUCCUACAAGUACUUUCUCCACGAAGAGCUGCAGUCGUCCAUAGAAAAUAACCUGGUGCAGGAGGACACAGCCUACUUUGAGUGGGCUCUGAAGAAGUGGUCUCACUGCUCGAGGCCCUGUGGAGGUAAGCAGUACACAAGGUUUGGCUGCAGGAGAAAGUCAGAUGGGAAGAUGGUCCACCGCACCCUCUGUGUGAACAUCAACAAGCCCAGAGCUAUCAGCAGAGACUGCAGCCAGAAAGAGUGCUCCCAGCCAGUUGUUCGGUGACGUGUGGCAACGGGACCCAGGAGCGGCAGGUUCUGUGCAACACUUCUGAUAACUCAGUGGGACUCUGCAUGGAGUCCAAACCCAUCACACUCAGAACCUGCCAGCUAGUCCCCUGCACAGGUGACGGAAGAAACUUUUKGAUCCAGUGGCUGUCGCGGGCCAACCCAGAGUUCCCUGCUCCCAAGAUCUCCUCAAGGCAGUGUAAGGGGGAUAGGUCAGCGUUCUGUCGUAUGGAGGUGCUGAACAAGUAUUGCUCCAACCGUGGGUACAGACAGAUGUGCUGCAAGUCCUGCAGCGAGGGAAACUUCACCAGUACGGGCCAGACCUUCACCGGUACGGGCCAGACCUUCACCAGUACGGGCCAGACCUUCACCAGUACGGGCCAGACCUUCACCAGUACGGGCCAGACCUUCACCAGUACGGGCCAGACCUUCACCACUGGGCCCUGGAGGUACACCACACUACCUGCUCCCACCCCCACCAAUGGCUCCUGCUCAACAACCCCCACAACAACCCUCACACCCAAACCCUCCACCAAGCUUUAUACCACUGACUUUGCUUAUGUCGACUACGACGAUUAUGAGGAGUAUGCAACCAAAACCAACGAGGACAACACAGCGAAAAAAUAUAGUCCUACCACCAUCCCUGUAUUAACCACCAGACGCCCCAGAAGAACAACCACCCCUUUGGUUACCUCCAGGAGUCCUACAUCUCUCCCCACCACCACUGAGGAGACUACAGAUCCCAGCACCACCGUCACCACCACUCAACCCACCACAGAACCCACCACAGUCCCCACCAGUCAGGGCCCAUCGACUCUCAGAACUACAAAUGUCCCCAAAUCCACCACGUCCACCACAGCUUGGGUUGAUGUUAUUGAGAGGAAGUCCUGGACAACCCUAGCUCCAUCCACUUCCAGACCUAAAGACAAGAGGUGGAAAACCAUUCCAACACAGCGUAGGGUCAGUGUGAUACGCAUGCCCUCCACCAUAUCCCCCCACAGGACAGAGGACAAGAGAGAGAACAACUGGCUGGAGGUGCCGUACAGGAUCGUUGGUGUAGACAAUGAUGUCUCUCAAAACCACUUUGUUCCUAGAAGACGGCCUCCAUUCCGAGAAAUGACACGGAACAAAAGAAUACAAGAGCUCCUAGCUGAGAAAAGGAGGCAAGACUUACUCCUCAAACGAGCAAAAAGAGAACCGGGACCUUGAUAGUCAGUCGGCCUUUGAUUCCCUUAGUCUUUAGCACAUCCCAAAGCUAUGCUACGGAGAUUUUCCUGUUGAACGUUGCAUUAGACAUUUUACAGACACUCUUAUCCAGAGCAAUUAGGGUUAAGUGCCUUGCUCAAGGACACAUCAACAGAUUUUUACCUAGUCGG